UUUGACUUCAUCUUGUAAAAUUAUUACAGUUAUAAAAGUUCAGUCUUAAACAUCUGCGCUCACCCUCGCUUCAAUUUACUUCUGUCCACGAUUCUAAUUGGAUUGGCCCAGACGCAUAUGGACACUCCUCAAGAUACUACUUUGAAGCACACACACCACGCGUGAUGGAACUGGAUAACGUCCCCGAAGUAACGUACGCAGGUACUUUCAAGCAUGAAUCAUCAGUGUCGGAUACGAAAUCGGCAUUUGGCGAUGACCACGCCGAUCUUGUCCCCCAGCGUGUGAAAGGAGAGAACGGAUCUUCUUCAUGUGAUGGUGUUAUCUCACCUGGACCGCUCCAAGGCGAUUCUCUGUUCGGUCUUUCCGCUCGCGUAAAAGUCGAAGCAGCCGAAAGUUUAUCCGACCUCUUGCAUACCAGUAUUGAAAUUAAGGAAGAAGACACUUCGCAAUCCGACCAAUCGGAAUGCCCAGAAAAAGACAACGCAAAAGAUUCCGGAAAUGGUUCGCCUCAUACUUUGAAACAUGUUUCACUGACUCCAACUGCUGGAAGUGGUUGCAUUAAUGGUCAACCUCCCCACCAACUGCAAGAUCUCCAUGGAAUUAACUUGGAAUCUAAUGAAAAAGCAUGUAAAAGCAAACAGUUCAACGAGCCUCCUAUUGAAUGGAAAGUAUUUCCGACCGAAAGAACUGAAAUCCGUUACAAACCAGUCAAAAUCACCCAACGUUCUGUAUCUUGCUCGUCUGAAAACCUUCCAAAACAACGUAUGCGGACGCAAAAUGGCGAGAAACCGUUAAGUUGCGGUCAUUGCUCAUCCUCUUUUAGACAUAGAAAUGCUUUAAAGGAGCAUAUGCGAACGCAUACUGGCGAGAAACCUUUCAGGUGCAGUCAUUUCUCUACCUCCUUUAGGCAAAAACACCAUUUAAAUGAACAUAUUCGAACGCAUACUAGCGAGAAACCUUUCAGCUGUAGUCAUUGCUCUUCCUCUUUUGGACGUAGAAAUACUUUAAAGCAGCAUAUGCAAACGCAUACCGGCGAGAAACCUUUCAGCUGCAGUCAUUGCUCUUCUUCUUUUAGCCGCAAAGAUAAUUUGAAGGUACAUAUUCGAAAGCACACUGGCGAGAAACCAUUCAUUUGCAGUCAUUGCUCUUCCUCCUUCCGUCACAGAAGUGCUUUAAAGGAGCAUAUUCAUACGCAUACUGGCGAGAAACCUUUUAGCUGUAGUCAUUGCUCUUCCUCUUUUAAACAUGGAAAAACUUUGAAGGAGCAUAUUCGAAUGCAUACUGGCGAGAAACCUUUCAGCUGCGGUCAUUGCUCCACCUCCUUCAGUCAAAGAAGUAAUUUAAAGGUGCAUAUUCAAAUGCAUACUGGCGAGAAACCUUUCAGCUGCAGUCAUUGCUCAGCCUCUUUUAGACAUAGGAAUGCUUUAAAGGAGCAUAUUCGAACGCAUACCGGCGAGAAACCUUUCAGCUGCAGUCAUUGCUCUUCCUCUUUUAGCCGGAAACAUACUUUAAAAGAUUCUAAGUGGAUUGGCCCAGACGCAUAUGGACACUCCUCAAGAUACUACUCUGAAGAAUACAUACCACGCGUGAUGGAUCCGGAUAACGUCCCCGAAGUAACGUACGCAGGUACUUUGAAGCAUGAAUCAUCAGUGUCGGAUACGAAAUCGGCAUUUGGCGAUGACCACGCCGAUCUUGUCCCCCAGCGUGUAAAAAGAGAGAACGGAUCUUAUUCAUGUGGUGGCGUUCUCUCACCCGGACCGCUCCAAGGCGAUUCUUUGUUCGGUCUUUCCGCUCGCGUAAAAUUCGAAGUGGACGAAAGUUUAACCGACUUGUUGCAUACAAGCAUUGAAAUUAAGGAAGAAGACACUUCGCAAUCCGACCAAUCGGAAUGCCCAGAAAAAGACAGCGCAAAAGAUUCCGGAAAGGGUUCGCCUCAUACUUUGAAACAUGUUUCACUGACUCCAACUGCUGGAAGUGGUUGCAUUAAUGGUCAACCUCCCCACCAACUGCAAGAUCUCCACGGAAUUAACCUGGAAUCUAAUGAAAAAGCAUGUAAAAGCAAACAGUUCAACGAGCCUCCUAUUGAAUGGAAAGUAUUUCCGACCGAAAGAACUGAAAUCCGUUACAAACCAGUCAAAAUCACCCAACGUUCUAUACCUCCAUCGUGUGAAAACCUUCCAAAACAACGUAUGCGGACGCAUCACAGCAAGCAACCUUUCAUUUGCAGUCAUUGCUCUUCCUCUUUUAAUCGAAAACAUAAUUUAAAGCUACAUAUCCGAAAGCAUACUGGCGAGAAACCUUUCAGGUGCAGUCAUUGCUCUACCUCCUUUAGGCAAAAACACCAUUUAAAUGAACAUAUUCGAACGCAUACCGGCGAGAAACCUUUUAGCUGCAGUCAUUGCUCUUCCUCUUUUAGCCGGAAACACGAUUUAAAUCUACAUAUUCGAACGCAUACCGGCGAGAAACCUUUCAGCUGCAGUCAUUGCUCUUCUUCUUUUAGCCGCAAAAAUUAUUUGAAGGUGCAUAUCCAAACGCACACCGGCGAGAAACCUUUCAGCUGUAGUCAUUGCUCUUCCUCUUUUAGACAUAGAAAUGCUUUAAACGAGCAUAUUCGAACGCAUACUGGCGAGAAACCUUUCAGCUGCAGUCAUUGCUCUUCUUCUUUUAGCCGCAAAGAGUAUUUGAAGGUGCAUAUCCGAACGCACACCGGCGAGAAACCUUUCAGCUGUAGUCAUUGCUCUUCCUCUUUUAGACAUAGAAAUUCUUUAAAGGAGCAUAUCCGAACGCAUACUGGCGAGAAACCUUUCAGCUGCAGUCAUUGCUCUUCUUCUUUUAACCGCAAAGAUCAUUUGAAGGUGCAUAUCCGAACGCAUACUGGCGAGAAACCUUUCAGCUGCAGUCAUUGCUCUUCCUGUUUUAGUCAAAAAAAUGCUUUAAAGGAGCAUAUCCGAACACACAGAGGCGAGAAAACUUUCAGCUGCAGUCAUUGCUCAUCCUCUUUUAGACAUAGAAAUGCUUUAAAGGAGCAUAUUCUAACGCAUACGGCGAGAAAGCUGUCAGCUCCAAACAUUGCUCUUCCUCUUUUAUCCGAAAACAGGAUUUGAAUCUACAUAUUCGAAAGCAGACUGGCAAGAAACCUUUUAGCUGUAGUCAUUGCUCUUCCUCUUUUAGACAUAGAAAUGCUUUAAAGGAGCAUAUUCGAACGCAUACCGGCGAGAAAGCUUUCAGCUCCAGACAUUGCUCCUCCUCUUUUAGCCGGAAACACGAUUUAAAUCUACAUAUUCGAACGCAUACUGGCGAGAAACCUUUCAGCUGUAGUCAUUGCUCUUCCUCUUUUAGACAUAGAAAUGCUUUAAAUGAACAUAUUCGAACUCAUACGUCGAGAAACCAUUCAUUUGCAGUCAUUGCUCCUCCUCUUGUAGCCAAAUUCCCAAUUGAAAGCGACAUAUCCGGUCGCAUUCUGGCGAGAAACCUUUCAGCUGCAGUCAUUGCUCUUCCUCUUUUAGCCAAAUACCCAAUUUAAUGUGACAUAUCCGGUCGCAUUCUGGCGAGAAACCUUUCAGCUGCAGUCAUUUCUCUUCCUCUUUUAGCCAAAAAGACAAAUUGAAUGAACAUAUUCGAACGCAUACUGGCGAGGAACCUUUCAGCUGCAGUCUUUGCUCUUCUUCUGUUAGCCGCAUAGAUCGUUUGACGGUACGUAUCCGAACGCAUUCUUGCGAGAAACCUUUCAGGUGCAGUCAUUGCUCUUCCUCUUUCAGUGACAGACAGUGUUUGAAGCUACAUAUCCAAAAGCAGACCGGCGAGAAACCCUAGUUACAGUCAUCGCUGUAUCUAGGUUGAAUCAUUGUAAAUUGUAACCACGAAUUAUUGAUGUAUUUUUUUGAAUUCAACUAAUUUCUUGAAAAUUCAUUCGUUUUGUUUCUAUGAUCAGUUUGAUAUAUUUUAUCAUUUCAUUCAUUUCAUAUGAAAUAAAAUGUAACAAAUAUUUUUGACUUUAAGAAAAUGUAUUUUGCUAAAAAAGUAUGUGACAAGCAUCGGAAGCACUCCGUUGAAAAAUAAUUCAGCUCCAGUCUAUGAUCUUCGUCUUUUGCUCCCUUCGUCAAUUUUAUGCGACUAAUCCGAAAGCACAUUAAAAACUUAAAAACGUUAAACGUACGCACGUUAAAAACUUGUCCAUGCUCUGUACGUUAACGUACUCUGCGCGUUAACGUACGUACUCUGCGCGUUAACGUACGCACGUUAAAAACUUGUCCAUGCUCUGCGUCGCUCCCUUUCAAACGCCUUAUAGUGAACUCCAAAACACUCGCUGAAGCAUACCCUUUCAUCACUGCCAAAUCCAGGCAGUCUUUUGAACUAUUUUGAAAUGUUAAAUUGUGUCUUCUUUUCAGAAUAGUGUCUUGAAAUUAAAUCUAUGAAAUAAAACUUAUCAAUAUAAAA